GGAGGCUUCACCUAAUUAGCCGUAAGGUAGCGUUCCAGCUAACUUCAGCUAAGCAUGCCUGGCAAAUGUAAAUUCCAGGACUCCUGGCUCUCGAAGGGCAUUUACAAGGACUGGCUGGUUAAGGAAAUCCAGGACAUUCACUUCGCCCGAUGUAAGGCCUGUUCUAAAUCCAUCAAACUUCAGACGAUGGGCGAGGCUGCUCUGACCAGCCACGCAGGGGGAGCCGGCCACAAAGCAGCGGUGCGCAAGCUGCGGGAAGACAAUGUGAUGCUGAUAAAUGCCGCCGGGCAGAUUAACGGCAGCGUGAAGACUGAGGACAGAAAGGAGCAAGUGGCCACCUGCCUCCAGCGGGACACCUUGGACAGAAUAACAAGCAGCGACUGGUCCAAUCUGCCCCACAGCCCCACUACAAACUCCAUCACCCACAAUGCCGAGCUCCAGAAUGGGACAUUUCCUGCUGCCUACUUGGCAGCCCCAGGCACAUCCCAGGUCGUCAGGCAGCGUUUGGACCCGGCCGAGGGCGAGGCGGACGGAGCGACCCGCCGCUCAUCUCAACACCUCGACCACGCGGCCCUGUCGAGGCAGGAGCACCAGCAGCGGGCCGACGCUCUGGAGCAGCAGCAGCAGAUGAAGAUCCUGGAGUGGGAGAACAGGAUGAAGGUGCUGGCGUGGGAGCAGGAGCUGGUGAGGGAGAAGACGAGGGCGGCGCGGCAGAAAGCGAACGCCUUCAGGAUGAAGAAGUCUUACUACAAAGCCAAGCUAAAGAGGCUGGGCGAGGACGUGCCGCCGUCUUCGUCCAGCAGCAGCGACGAUGAGGCCAAAACGUGGGGACAAUCGGGAUGAACCGCUCUAAAUUGUCGCAUCUUUGUCAGUUCUUUUACGCUCUUGUCUAUCUAUUCUAUUUUCAUAAAAAUGGAGGAUUUUCAGUUGCAACAGAAAGCGGGAUGUUCACUUCCCCUGCGUAAGAACGACCUUUGGCUGUGGUGGAAAGCAGAAGGGACUUUACUUGGGUUACAGACAACUCAAAAGUACAAAGGAAACCUUUUGGGAGACGAGAAGAACAGUUGCAUCAUUCGAAACUACCAAACGACUCCUCUGCAGAGCAGAAGCCACCUUCUCUGUCUGAGUGAGGGCUCCCAGAGUUAUUUUAGAUGGACCAAAUUGUUUAGAGUAAUGGACAAUACUUCAUUUUAGAUGUGGAAGUGCUACAGUAAAUGGUAGUGCUAUGACGCAUGUAAUAGACAUUGCACAGCAUGUAGAAGGUGUCGAGAUAAAGAGUUUAUGAUUUUUAGUGACAUUAAUACUGAAAGAGUUCAAGGGUUGAUAAUGUCUGUAAAGGUCCUUAUUCUAGGGAGACUUUCCUUUUUACAGAAUUUAUCGACAUUACAUCUAGUUGCUGCAAAUGUAGAAACAAAAUGACAUUCAUUAUUUUGCAUGUAAAAAUGUAAGCUGGCACUCAUGAAUAAAUGUGUAUUUUGUUUGAA